AUGGAUUCCAGCCUUUAGACUUUCUCAUCUGUGCAGGAGGAGUCUUCUUAAUUAUCUGAUGAUAGGUCAGAUGGUUAUGAUAUAGAUUUGUAAUAUGAUAAGUAGGACUAAGUCUCAGGGGAAGGAUCUAUUAUGGGAGCGUUUAUUGGUGAUGCUGCUGGAGCUCAUGUUGAAUAUUUAUACAAGGUCACAGACAACUUACUAGAAGAAUCAAUGAACCUAGUAGGAGGGGGAGCUCAUAAUUUAGCUCCAGGCUAGAUUACUGAAGACUCAGAAAUGGCUCUUAGUAUUUUCUAAUCUCUUUUGAAGAGCCAAGGAUUUCUAGACCUUGAUGAAUUAGCAAGUCAUAAUUUAGACUGGAUUAAAACAAAUCCAUUUGAUUUGGGAUUUACAACCAAAACUGCUCUAACACCAUUAUUAUGCAAUGCCAGAGGCAUUUUUGAAUAGGUUAAGAAAUUAAACUCUUGCUCACAAAGUAAUGGAUGCCUUAAAAGGAUAACUCCCUUUGCUGUUUGGGGAUCUUAAUUAUCAAAUGAUGACCUAUAUAAAGCAGUUUACCUCUAAACAUAUAUGACUCAUUGCCAUUAAAUCGCUAUAGACUCUACCUACAUUUACUGUUACACUAUCAAAUUAAUCUUAAAUGGAAAUUUGGAUAGAAAAUCUAUUUUUGAUUUGGCAAGAGAAGAGGCUUUGAAUAGAAACUGGUUUUAAAUUUGUGAAUGGCUUGAUGAAGCCUUAAAUUUCAAUUUGCCCUGCACUACUAAAAAUGAGGGUUGGCUUAAAAUUGCUUUUAUUCACGCAUUCCAUUAUUUAAUUAGUGGUUCAUCCUAUUAAUAAGCAAUUCGAUAAAUGAUUAGAAAAGGAGGGGAUACAGAUACAAAUGCAGCUAUUGUUGGCGGCCUUGUGGGAGCCUUUUAUGAAGUGUAAGAGUUAGAUUAAAGCAUGGUAAACAAAGUAAUGAAUUUAAGAUUUCUUGAAGAGAUGCCAAAUGAAUCUUAUCCCUACAAGAGAAAGCAGGGUGUGAAGAGGCCAGAUUUCAUGGUAGCAGGCCUAGUCUUUACACAGACUAAUCUAUAUAAAUUUUUCAGACAUAUACCAACUGAGUUGAAGGUAAUAUUUCUAGGGAAAAUAUAUUAAAAUGAAUAGAUAGAUGAACUAAUUAAGAAGUACCCUCUCUCGAAUUCUGAGAGCUCUUGA